AUUCUGUGGUUAGGCAGUGUACCUGGGUGUAAUAGGGUGUGACAGGGUUUUAAACAAUUACAUAAUAUACGUAGUUGGAGACAAAAAUUUGGUUGUGUGACAGGGUCCUUAGUAAAAUAGGAAUAAGUCGUAGUAUUUUAUGCUAUAUUUAUAGUUUUUUUUGUAAAUAAGUUUCAAAUUCUAUCAAAAUGAUAUAAUACGAUAAAUAAAAAAGAAAUAUUGUUUUCAUAAUUUUCAGAUUCUAGAUCCAUAAUUAAUAUUAAAUAAAAAUUUGAAUUACGCAUUUGGAAGAAGUAAAGAUCUCGAUAAAGAUAUUUUAGUUUUCAUGGAUUGUGAACAUGAAUAUAUUAACCAAAACAAAAACAAGAUUAACCAAAAACAAAAACAAGGAAGAAACGAAACGAUAAUUUUGAAUGCGAGUUCUGAUAAUUAUUGGCGCUCGAGGCUCGAUUGUUACGUGUAAAAACUAUAUAUUUACUUUAUUAAAGAAGUGAUAGUGUUUGUUAUCCUUGUAACGAGCAUGGACCAGAUGCCUCAGAAAAGCCAGCAUGUGGACAGCGAGCUGCUAGGAAGAGCCUACAACUCAUACCUCUUGGCUCUGCACUCCAGGGCGUUGCUGCAGAGGAGGAAUAGGAAGAUAGCUGAUGACACUGACGCGCAGAAUGACGUGUUACGGAAGGAGAAAGCAGAUGCAUCAGAGUUGUUACAAAAACUGCAAGACAGAUGCAGAUGUGUUCAUCAUCUAACUGGCCAGUUGAAGAUGUUUGACAUCUGCGAGCAGUUCUGCAGUGAAGCAGGGUCCAGUGUGUGUGAACUGCUGCUGUCACUCCAACAACUGCGAGACCUUCUCCAGCAAAAGGUCAAUUUCCUGCAGUUCAAGAAUAUGGAGUUCUCUGAAGAUUCAGUUGAAAAAAUUUAUUUCCAACUUACUAAGCUCUUGAAGAUUUUAGAUGCUGGCUGUCUGAGGUCCAGUGCCGUGGAAACAACCUGUGAGAUUCACAACCAGAUAGCAAGGGCGAAGGAAGACUUGGAGAGGUGUGCCAGGCUUCUGAAAACUGUUCCUGCAGUAAUUAUACUCUUGUACACUGUUGCCUGAUCACCUGGAAAAAAUUUGUUGUUUGUAUAAUGAGAUAUUAAAUAUUAGGUUGUAAUAGUUCAUGAGGCGAAAAAAACCUGGAAUCUGACAUUUCGAGGUGUGUGUGUGUGUGAAGGAUUGUUAAUCAUAGUUUCUGAUUUUCUGGUAUUAACAUUACAGAUUGAGAACAGAUUCUAUUAUGCUUUCAAGGCAUGCUCGUAGUGCCAUUUUUUAAGGCCAGCUUAAGUGUUCUUCGAAGAGAAAUAUUUUGUGUUAUUUAAUGUGGUUUGGAAAGGAUUCAACUACUUGCCAUGCUUACAAACUGGGUCACAUAUUGCACUUUUGACCGCUCUUUGAUAGCAACCAACUUGAAAUAUUUCAAAAUAAUAUUACAGAAUUAAUUAAUAUAAAUAACCUUAUACUGCUUUUUAUACACUGAUCCUUAAUGGUUUUUUUUUUUGUCUGAGAUGCCAUAAAGUUUGUGUGUUUGUGCAUAAAUCUUUAACACAUCUUUAAUACAACUGAAAAAAUGGGGCCUGGCCAUGUGUUGUAUGUAACAGGUAAUAGACAGUCAAAAGUUAAUACUAAAUGAAAAUCUUGAAAUGCAGAAAAAUGACCUCAAAUUGGCGGUGCUUCCCCUCCACCACGCGUGAUGCAUCAAUCCUCACUUGGCAUAACAAAUUAUUUGAUCCUUUAUAUCUAUUCAGUGGUGUAAUUAAAUUUUGGAUGUAGCUGCAACACCAAACUGUAUCCCCCAAUUUUAUCAUUCCUUUUUGGAAUUGUCUCCCACUGUGGAAGCAAUUUUUAAGAUGUAUUCACAUCAAAAAAUGUAAAUAUAAAGUAAUUUAUUUGAUUUUUGUAUGGCCUAAAGUAAUUUUUUGUUUGGCUUAGCUGAGGCAGAUACAGUAGGCGCAGGAUAUCUAGAAGCUUGGGACACGUCACAGGUUUACAGUAGUGGGGGUGUGACAAAGGAGGGAGGUAACCAUCGAGUCUAUAUUGAAACUAAAAACAUUGACUUCUCACCUGACCUAUUCGCUGCUCGCUGGCAAUGGAGCGAUGCCUUCCAUUUCAUCACUUGAAUAACCCGUAUUACAGUCGUCAUCACCACUACCACUGCCGCUGUCACUGUACACACCUCCUAGGUUAAUAAUAAUGGGAUCAAUUUCUAUGUCGAAACGUGCAUCCCGGUCGUAGUACUCGUUUUCAAGUUUUUCCACGUGCUCGCAGUAUGGUCUACAGUCGUCUGCCCCCAUACUAUUAAAUGUUUCUUCGCAGAGCUGUUUUACGUCUUGUAAAUUACAGGUUACAUUGUGCAAUGCCACUUUGCCUUUCACUUUUGCCCAUACAUUUUCGAUGAGAUUUAAGUCAGGGUGAUAUGGUGGCAAACGCAGUGUUGUAUGCCCGUAACAUUUCAAAAUUUAAUCUACUGAAUAAAGGGUUUGCUUCGGCUUAUGCUGCUUAAUUAUUGCGUAAAGUGUUGGCUUGAACCUGUCAUCAGCGAAAGGAAUACCAUGCUCUUGCAACCACUUUUGCAUGUCGUGUUUAGUCGAGUUAGAUGUUGGCGACUUAUUUAUUUUGACGUUGUGAUACGGUGCAUUGUCUAGAACAACAACAGUAUUAGCAGGAAUAUUGGGUAUAAGUAUUUCUUUUACCCACUUUUCAUAGUUUUGUUGAUUCAUGUUGUGAUGGUAGUCUCCUGUAGCCUGUUAAGAUUUCCACAUCACUAAGGCAUUAGGGACAAAACCAUUUGCACCGCCAGCAUGAACCAUUAUUAGUCUUUGUCCUUUAGAAACAGGUAACAGGCUAUGGGUCGAGUCAUCACUCCAGUAUUUCUGUUGCACAUUGGACGACAAAACAUAAGACUCGUCCUUGUACACAAUAUUACGAUUUUUAUUUCUGAAAUGAUGCUUAUUUCUCAAAUACUCUACUCACUUCUCUCGUUUAUCAGACUUUUCAAUCAAAAUGAGACGUUGUGACUUAGUUUUUCGCCACCUAAAACCAAGCCUUUUUUUUUAAAUUUUCUGUAAAGUUGCAUUGCAACCUUGGAAAUUAAUGUCCUGUUGCAGUUUUAUUCGUAUUUUUUCCACUGAGGGGACACAUUUUUCAGUUACAUAAAUUAUAUACAGUUCUGCGAAGUACUACUUGGUCAAAAUUAUCUCGGUCGUAUUUACAUCUGUCUCUUCUUAUCAGUGGGGAUGGUGAUUUUUAAUUUUUGCGAAAUAGAUGCAAAAAUAUGCUAAAUUAGAUUUUUUUCCGCUAUAAAUUGCGACAUCUAGACUAUUCUGAGAUAAAUGCGAAAUCAAGGUAAAAAAACGUAGAUUCGUCUUCACUCUACACAAUUUAUUUACCGAUUGUAUUUCGUUUCAGUUCAGGAUCAAAGAAACUAUCAUUUUAUGGCGUAUUCAGCACAAGUAUCUUAUUGUCACGUCAUUCACAACAACUAUUGUUCGUAAAUAUUGAAUGAAGAAUGGCCAUCCGUGCCUCGCGAUUGUAAACAAAGCAAAGAACAACUAGCUGGAAGAUUAUCCGUCAUCUUGCAGAGUAAAAGUUUUAGGCCACCAUAUUGCAUUGCGACAUCUCUGCUUCGCCACGCUAACAAUUGUAUGUCCCAUUUUCUGGCUGUGUUUCACGUGAAAGCCGCGUUCUUGUGUAGUCUGUGGAAGGUGGUGUGUUUACAAAUACGUGCAUACUCGUGAAUGUGUUGUAUACUGUUAUUUCUGGUGGUAAAAAUGGGACGAAACGUCAUUUCCAUUCGCGAUCGCAUAAAUGAAUACAAAAGUGAACAGUUCUACGAAUAUUUUAAUUUGCAAUUUAUGUAAUCGCCGUCUGGAGUGGGACAUCAGGCUGCAAAAAAAAAAAGAUUCACUGAGAAGUUGAAGGAAAAAAAGUCAGUAAAACAGCAAGCAACGGUUUCUUUUUUAAAAAUAUACUUUUCUUCAGUAAUGUAAAAUGAGAGAAUUGGCUAAAUCUUGUUUUUAAAAAUGCUACAAAAUGCUCAAUUUCACAUUAAAAAUGCUAAAUGUUAUUCUUUAAAUGCUAUCAAUCACCAUCUCUACUUAUCAGAUGUAACGAAAGUACAUCCUUCUCCGAUGCUCAACUUUUUUGCUUCCACUUUAAUUCUCUGCACUGUGCUACGAGACAUGCCAGUAGCUGCAGCUGUCCUCAACUGUGCCUAUUCUUUAGGAAUAGAUGGUUCUAUAGUUUUAGCUUCAUUCUCCAUAAAUGACAAUACAUUAUAAAUUAUUUCACAGGCUUGCGAAUGCAGUUUCUUCCCUUUCACUGUUGAUAAUAUCGGUGGUAACAAAACACACAAAAAAUUAAUUUAUUUAGCCACGCACUCAAAAGUGUUUCAUAACACACGUAUUCACUAGGGAUGGGGCGACCGAAUCCAAUAUCCGCCGAAUCCUAGGGAUUCGAAGAUUCGGCAGGUCUGAUAUAGGAUUCGUCAAAGGAUUCGGUUUUUUACUAUUUACGGAAAAAAAAUACAGUAAAACCCACGUACGAGGUCCCGCAUGGUAGGUUUUUCCGUAUAAAGCGUUUAAAUUGCCCGAGGUCUCAUCAUUUACGCCAUUAAACGUGUGAUAUAAAGUUCGUUAAAAUUUUUUCUGAAACUUCCUGUCUCAAAUAAUGGCGCACAUAAAUAUGAAGAAAAGACAAAUGAACAACAACAUACGAAGAAAUAUGGAUGAUGUACCAUAACUACAGUACAAAUCCAAUAGUUAUUUUAAGAUAAUUACCAUAAUAAUAACUAUAGAUUCUUUGUAGAAUACCAUAAUUACUACAGAAGCAUGAUAGCUACCAUAUUUGCACUAUAGUUACCGUAACAACCGAGAUGUAUAUUUACCGUGAUAGUAAUGUAUUAUUUAUUUAUGACAUAAUAAAGAACAUUAUUGAAAAAAAAAAAAGGAUGUUAAACUUUGAUAUGUACGGUUGGCACAUGUUGCUAAGAAAUAAUGCGAUCUGUAAGAAUGCAGUACUACUACGAAAAGUGAAAAUGAUACUCGUGGAUUUUUAGGUUAUGGCAGUCUCUUUCAUUUUUCAGUAAUAUCGGCCGAAAAUUAACAAGCGUACUGUAUCGGAAGUCGGCAGAAAUGCCGAUUCAACUAAAUAUUGGCAAAAUCAGCUUCUUCAAUACAGCUCUACAUUUAAUGACAUGAGUAUACAUAUUUCAGACUUCAGGAUAUUGAAAAAGACUAAUUUACAUUUAGGUUUAUGUGUGUGUUUUUUUUUUGCAAGUGUAAAUUGAAUGAUGUAAAAUGCUUUUAUUUUUAUUACUUUCAAUUGAUUAAACUGACCAGUUACAGAUAUUUAUGACACUAAUUUUGAGGUUAAGCAAUUUUACUAAAGCAUUCCAGCCAAGCAGGUUGCCAGCGAGAGACGCUUCUCUUCUGCUGGAAACACUAUCUCCAAUCGUAGAGCUAAUUUAACUCCUGAACGUGCAGAACAAAUUAUUGUUCUGCAUGAUAGAUUAAAGAACAGAAUUUAAUAAGACUCUGUGACAAUCUCUCUCAGAAUUAUUGUGCUGAAAUGUUGAAACAAUGUGAAUGUACUUUUCAAACAUGAUUUUUGGUGUUAAGUUUGUUGAAGCUCAGUAAGGACUCCAGAAAAAUUGACAAGGAUGAAAUUUUCCCAAAGAUAUGUUACAUUUACACAAACAUAUACUUGGUUAUGUUAGUUGGAUGAUAUCAGUUACUAAUGAACCAAUGGAAAUAGGUAAGAUUCAAUGGAAAAAAAUGUUAUUUUUUUCUAGCAGUGCAAAAUGUAAACACACACUGUAAAUAGUUACACAAAAUUAAUAAGCCCACUUCAUUUUAAUACUUUAUUCAAACAUUAUACUAAGUUUAAGAUAAAAAUAAUUUCCCAAAAGUGUAACUGUACCACAAAAGCUCGAGCUCGGCUCGAAGUAAAAUUCUUAGGAUUGCAGACCUCUAGCUUAUUUAUAGAAAAAAUCCUAACUGCUAAUCUGUACUAAAACUGAAAUUUCUCAAGAAAAAUUUUUUGUCUUUAUAUACAAUUACAUACCAGAAAUGUACCAAACUACAUGUGAUAAAGUCAAGGGACUUUUAGUGCAAGCAGAAUACAUCUCACUUACAUUAGAUAUGUGGACAUCAUCUGUUAAAAGAUUCGGGUUUGGGUUCAAGAUUCUGCAAUUCCAGUCUAGGAUUUUAGUAGGGAUGGGGCGAAUCCUGAUUUCCUCGAAUCCGAAUCCUAACUCAAAUCCUCGACUGGAAUUGCCGAAUCUCGAACCCAAACCCGAAUCUUUUAACAGAUGAUGUCCACAUAUCUAAUGUUAAGUGAGAUGUAUUCUGCUUGCACUAAAAGUCCCUUGACUUUAUCACAUGUAGUUUGGUACAUUUCUGGUAUAGCCUAAGUGUAUAUAAAGACAAAAUUUUUUUUUUGAGAAAUUUCAGUUUUCGUACAGAUUAGCGGUUAGGAUUUUUUCUACAAAUAAGCUAGAGGUCUGCGAGCCUAAGAAUUUUACUUUGGGCCGAGCUCGUGCUUUUGUGGUACAGUUACACUUUUGGGAAAUUAUUUUUAUCUUAAACUUAGUAUAAUGUUUGAAUAAAGUAUUAAAAUGAAGUGGGCUUAUUAAUUUUGGGUAACUAUUUACAGUGUGUGUUUACAUUUUGGACUGCUAGAAAAAAAUAACAUUUUUUUUCCAUUGAAUCUUACCUGUUUCCAUUGGUUCAUUAGUAACUGAUAUCAUCCAACUAACAUAACCCAGUAUAUGUUUGUGUAAAUGUAACAUAUCUUUGGGAAAAUUUCAUCCUUGCCAAUUUUUCUGGAGUCCUUACUGAGCUUCAACAAACUUAGCACCAAAAAUCAUGUUGUUUGAAAAGUACAUUCACAUUGUUUCAGCAUUUCCACUUUUCAGCACAGUAAUUCUGAGAGAGAUUUUCACAGUCUUAUUAAAUUCUGUUCUUUAAUCUAUCAUGCAGAACAAUAAUUUGUUCUGCACGUUCAGGAGUUAAAUUAGCUCUACGAUUGGAGAUAGUGUUUCCAGCAGAAGAGAAGCGUCUCUCGCUGGCAACCUGCUUGGCUGGAAUGCUUUAGUAAAAUUGCUUAACCUCAAAAUUAGAGUCAUAAAUAUCUGUAACUGGUCAUUAAAGUUUAAUCAAUUGAAAGUAAUAAAAAUAAAAGCAUUUUACUUCAUUCAAAUUACACUUGCAAAAAAAAAAAACAUACACACAUAAACCUACAUGGAAAUUAAAGUCUUUUUCAAUAUCCUGAAGUCUGAAAUAUGUUCUCAUGUCAUUAAAUGUAGAGCUGUAUUGAAGAAGCUGAUUUUGCCAAUAUUUAGUUGAAUCGGCAUUUCUGCCGACUUCCGAUACAGUACGCUUGUUAAUUUUUGGCCGAUAUUACUGAAAAACGAAAGAGACUGCCAUAACCUAAAAAUCCACGAGUACCAUUUUCACUUUUCGUAGUAGUACGGCAUUCUUUCACAUCGCAUUAUUUCUUAGCAACAUGUGCCAACCGUACAUAUCAAAGUUUAACAUCCUUUUUUUUUAACAAUGUUCUUUAAUUUAAUAUGUCAUAAAUAAAUAAUACAUUACUAUCACGGUAAAUAUACAUCUCUGUUGUUACGGUAACUAUAGUGCAAAUAUGGUAGCUAUCAUGCUUCUGAAGUUGUUAUGGUAUUCUACAAAGAAUCUUUAGUUCUUAUUAUGGUAAUUAUCUUAAAAUAACUAUUGGGUUUGUACUGUAGUUAUGGUACAUCAUCCAUAUUUCUUCGUAUGUUGUUCAUUUGUCUUUUCUUCAUAUUUACGUGCGCCGUUAUUUGAGACAGGAAGUUUCAGAAAAAAUUUUAACGAACUUUAUAUCACACGUUUAAUGGCGUAAAUAAUGAGACCUCGAGCAAUUUAAACGCUUUAUACGGAAAAACCUACCACGCGGAACCUCGUAAGCGAGUUUUACUGUAUUUUUUUUCCCGUAAAUAGUAAAAAACCGAAUCCUUUGACGAAUCCUAUAUCAGACCCGCCGAAUCUUCGAAUCCCUAGGAUUCGGCGGAUAUUGGAUUUGGUCGCCCCAUCCCUAGAUUUGAGUUAGGAUUCGGAUUCGAGGAAAUCAGGAUUCGCCCCAUCCCUAGUAUUCACAAAAUGAAAUUAACACUAGUAACAAUUAUUAUACGACAAUGUAUUCAAGUCCGGACCGAUUACAGUAAAACCAUGUUUAAUAUAAAUUAAUCACAACACCAAAAGCACACAAUGUAGCGAAUUCAGAUGACUAAGCGCAAACAAAAUAGGACAGUCCAAUCUGGCAGAAUCCUGCACAGAAACUACAGAAAAAGGUUUAUAUUUUCUGGUCUGAUAGUAUGAGCCUAACCCAAGCGCUCUGCACAUGCGUGGUCACAAGGUUAACCUCCUCCAAGCGCCUGCUUGCCCUGGCUGUAACGGUCACUCAGGUUUCUAGAUAUAAUGUGCCUACUGUACUUCUUGAGGUAUAAAGAAAGAAAUAAUUCAACUGCAUCUGAUAAUAUGUCAGACUACUGUCUGAGUAAUUUAAAACUAUUUUAAUAUGUUCUCAUUUCCAGGAGUUAGUUAAAUGUUUCAGUAUUUAUACAGACUGUUUUAAGUUUUUGGAAUAGGACAAAUGUUUCGUUUUAUCUACUUAAUAACAGUAUUAUUUGUGCACACCUUAUUAAAAUGCUUAUUGUUACUGUGCUAUAAAAAAAUUUACAUCCCAAGAAGUUGUAAAUUGUACUAAAAAGUUCCAAAAUUGAUUUACCAUGAUUAUGUAAACAAAGUAGCAAUAGCUGAAGAAAACAGAUUAUCUGGAUCACCAAAAGUUCUGAUUAAACAGAAAUACAACCUCA